AUGGUGAUGGCACACACGUGCUGGUGGUUUAGUACAUGGAAAAAGCUUGAUCUAGAGUGGCAGGAAGGCUGCACACGCGGACAGAAACAGCUUGCAAAGGUAGCAGAUAGCGUACAAAAAUCCACAUAUUUAACUGGAGAGCAUUGGGGGUCACUGGCUGAUUGCGGAACUCUACAAAGCCUUGCAUCGUCACGAUUGUGGGAUUUGGCGCAUCGAUGCUGCAAUCGACUGCAAGGAGAAGUUGAUGGAUUGGCAGAUGUUUAUAUGCGUAUGCGGCACUUAUUGUCGGAUGAGCGGGCGAAUACAUUGGAUGAGAAGCAGAGACAGCGAUACGAAAUGAUGCUGUUUGAGGUGCUGACCAUGUACGAGCACGAAUUGGUGGCGAAAUCAUUGAUUGCUAGCGAUAUUUUUGAAUGUUCAAAGCAUGAUACAGUGACCAUUUAUGUAGCUUCGUGGCAGAUGCAGCCACAUAUUAAUCGGCAGCGUCUUGAAGAGCUAGAGAUGAUAAUUCAGAAUGAUUAUCAUUAUAAUCAGAUGCUUCGAUGA